AUGCAAUCCUCCCGUCCACAAACAACUACGUCCAACCGUCCCGGUACUCGAGGGGCAGGAGCUCGACCUCCUAGUCGUCCUCGAACCGCAGGAUCAAUAUCUGGCGGCCCAUCCACGUCCCAGCAAGUCAUAUGUGCUCUCACCGAGUCUCGUGGUGUCGUAGCUCAAGUCGGCCUUGCAUUCGUUAAUGUCUCGACGGCUGAGUGUACUCUUUGUGAGAUAUGCGAUUCUCAAACAUACGUUCGGACUUUGCACAAGCUAGCAGUUUUCGAUCCUUUAGAGAUCCUAAUUCCAGAAACAAUUCUACCACCAAGAACAUCCAAAAUUCCUGGUAUAAUCCAAGAAAAUCUCCCCGGGGCCCGUCUCACGACACUCCCACGAAAGUACUACAACGAAAAUAUAGGAAUGGAUUAUAUAUCCCGUCUGUCGUUCAAGUCUGAAGCAGAAUCUGUACAAGUCGCAAUAUCUGGGAAGUUCUACGCCAUCUCUGCGGCCGCUGCGGUAAUAAAACACAUUGAGCUACAGUACAAUAUCGGGUUUGUAGGACAUAGCUUGAGGGUUCGGUAUCAGAGUAGUGAAGGAGCGAUGGUAAUUGACUUCAGUACCGUUCAAAACCUGGAGCUGAUUCAGAACCUACGAAACCCCAAAAGUGGGGAUUGUCUCUUUGGUUUACUUAAUAACACAAUCACACCGAUGGGUGGGAGAUUAUUGAGGACGAGUAUCCUGCAACCACUGACCGAUACUAGUAUCUUAGACGAUAGACUUGAUGCAGUUGAAGAGUUGGCUACUAGUGAGGAGAUGUUCUUUGGGACGAAGAAAGCCUUACAGGGGUUUGGAGAUAUGGAUAGGCUGCUGACAUCGUUGAUCACUGUCCCAGCAAACUCGUCACUCAAGUUUUCCGAAAAAUCGAUUAAUGAUGUUAUACUGCUUAAAAAAGAAUUAGCCAGCAUUACCCCGAUCCAUGAAGCCCUGGUGGGAUGCAGUAGUAAACUUUUGCUAGCUGUGAGAAGUUUGUGCAGCUUCGAGAAAGUUCAGGUGGUUCAGGGUUUUAUUGAUGAAGCGAUUUCGCCAGAUGCUGUGUGGGCGAGUACGCCAGUCGACUUGCGGCAUCAGAGAUGCUAUGCAGUCAAAAGCGGUGUCAAUGGCCUCCUCGAUGUCGCCCGUCAAACUUACAAAGAAGCCACCGAAGACUUGCAUGUUCUAUUCCAAGAGAUUGCCCGAGAAUAUAACCUACCGACGUUAGAAAUAAAGUAUGAUGCUCAAAGAGGGUACUAUCUACGUCUUCCAAUUGCGGAUAUCGAAGAUGCACCCUUACCGCCCAUAUUUGUCAAUAUUAUGAGAAAGAAGAAAUUUAUGGAGUGUACGACACUGGACAUCAUGAAGAGAAAUGCUAGAAUUGGUGACGCCAUGACUGAGGUUCUUUUAAUGAGUGACCGAACGAUCCAAGAUCUUAUCGAUGCAAUCCGAGGUGAAAUGUUUGCUUUAUAUAAAGUAUGCGAAGGAGUUGCAAUGCUUGACAUGAUAAGUUCCUUCGCUACUCUUGUCACAUUAUAUGAAUAUACCCGCCCAGAAUUCAAAGACACUCUGGCAAUAAAAGAUGGGAGGCACCCCAUUCGCGAGAAGAUCCAUAAGGAGAAACUCAUACCCAAUGAUGUUUUUGCCAGCCAACAGACUAGAUUCCAAAUUAUCACCGGCUGUAAUAUGAGCGGGAAGAGUACAUACAUCCGUCAGAUCGCACUUAUGACUAUAAUGGCACAGAUCGGUUCCUAUGUCCCAGCGUCUUACGGCUGCUUCCCAAUAACAACCCAUCUCUUCGCCCGCGUAUCAAUGGAUGACGGCAUCGAAGCCAACGUCUCAACAUUUGCAGCAGAAAUGCGAGAGACGGCUUUUAUCCUUAAGAAUGCAACGGAGGGAAGCAUGGUUAUCAUAGAUGAACUCGGGAGGGGUACCUGUACUAGAGAUGGAUUGGCUAUCGCAAUUGCUGUUUGUGAGGCUUUGAUUGAGAAGAGGGCUUUCGUAUGGUUUGCUACACACUUUCGAGAACUUGGAGCUGUUCUUUCGAGGAGAGCUGGAGUCAUUUCAUUGCAUAUGCAAGUUGAAAUUAGACCAGACCAAAACCUCACCUCAAUGCUCUACAAAAUCGCCGACGGUCCCGCAACGGAAAAACACUAUGGCAUAAAUCUCGCCAAAAUAAUAGGCCUCCCAUCAACAAUAAUCACCAGAGCCUCAGAAGUCUCGAACACAAUCGCACAAAACGCAGAACUCAAGAGGAUGACUUCAAAGGGAUAUAGAAAGUCCGAACGGCAAAGACUUAUUCUCCAACUCGUGGAGCAUUUAAAACAAGCCAGAAGUAGCAAAAUGACGAAUAUGGCGUUGAAGGCUUGGUUAGGAAGAUUACAAGCCGAGUUUGUGGAGACAAUGGGAAAUUUGAAGGAUGCGGAUGAUGAGAGUGACAGUAGUGAGGGUGAGGAUGAUGAGACUACUACCGUUACCACAACUGAGGGGAACAACCGUGAAAGUCAUAUUAGAAGUGGAGAUGGUGAUGCAAUGGAUACAUCGAGUGACGGAACACCGAUACUAAUGCCAUCUGAACAGGAAGAUAGUGGUGAAGAAGAAGAAGAAGGAGGAGAAGAAGAAGGAGAAGAGACCACAGAAAACACCGAGACUAUGGAGACCAGUAAUACUGGCAGUCAUAGUGGAUGGAGUGGAUUUACGCCGACGAAUUCACAUUCAAACCCACGGUCUUAUCAUUCUGAAGAUACGACAGGGUCCGGAAGUGGGGUUCAAGACGAUGAGAUGGAAUAUACGGAGUAUGAGCCUAAUACCUAUAAUUCCGAGGAUCUCUUGGAAGGGAUUGAGGAAUUAAGUGAUGUUGAGGACCAGAUUUAA